GUUUUGAAGUUGAAUGUUAACACGUUUUAGAUGUUGCAUGGUGUUAAGACAAAAUAAAUGUAGUUUUAAGAUUAUGGUACCUGGUCCUGCACUUUUUCUGUAUUUUUUCUUCAUUUCCUUAGUUGCAGCCGCUUUGCGGUUACAACUACAGGUGCUGGCUCUCAGACGGCGAUUUGUCGGCAGCAUGGCAUUGACUGACAAUCAGCGGGUAAAUAACGCCGCCGCCGUGUGUGUACGACUACAGAUGAAUUUUUGUUUUUGCGACCGCGAGACGUUUCGCAAUCACGAUGAAUUUCGGUGACGCGAAUAUAUUUCGGUGCGUAAUCUUUGUAUUUUGUUUUGGUUACGUACAAAACCGACGGAAGAUAAAAGUAAACAGUGACGUAGAUUUUGGUGACCGAAACUCUGACAUAUAUUUGAACUCCUUACAACUCAUUAAUAAGUACGGGUAUCGACCCCAAAGCCAUACAGUGACAACGGACGAUGGAUAUUUAGUGAAUUGUUACAGAAUACCAAAUAAAGGACCACCAGUGUUGUUAGUUCACGGGAUUGGUGACAGUUCUGAUUCGUGGUUGCUGCUGGGACCUGAGAAGUCGAUAGCGUUCCAGCUCGCCAGACUAGGAUACGACGUUUGGAUGUAUAAUGCUCGAGGAAAUAAAUACAGUAAGGGACACAUUAGAAAUCUCCCUGACAAAGAAUAUUGGGAUUUCAGCUAUGAAGAGAUGGGAACGCAAGAUUUACCAGCGGUGAUUGAUUAUAUACUCCAAACAACAUCUCGACGUAACCUGUCCUACAUCGGGUUUUCUCAAGGAACGGCAAUUUUUUUCGUAAUGUGUAGCAUGAAGCCUGAAUACAACGAGAAGAUCAAGCAAGCGAUAUUACUGGCUCCGAUAGCGUGGAUCACAAGUACUCAGUACCCGUUUAUAGAUAUUUUAGCGCAAAAUUUGGACGUACUAAAGACAUUCUUUGAUAGUGUCGGCGUGUACGAUUUAUUUGCGGAUAAUGUGUUGACUAAUCUUUAUCAUGCCAAAGUGUGUCGUUUGGGUGUACCUGAAAAUAUUCUCUGUAAGUUAGAAUAUUAUAUAAGUUAUGGUAUAAGGAAUUUGAGUAAUUUGUAUCCAAAGAAACUUCCGAUUGUUGCUAGUCAUAUUCCUGCUGGGGUUUCUAUAAAGACGUUUAUUCAUUAUUUCCAAAGUUAUUCGAGUAAGCGGUUUCAAAGGUUUGAUUAUGGUAUGAAAAUGAAUCGAGAGGUGUAUUCUUCUGUUAUGCCUGCGUCGUACGAUUUGUCUCGGGUUAGAGCUCCUGUGUAUAUGUUCAGUAGUGAUUUGGAUUGGUUUAGUACACCGACAGAUGUUGAAAGACUUCGAAGACAAUUACCUAAUAUUGUUAGGCAUGUGAAGUUAAAUGAAUCGUUAGACUUCACACAUUUAGAGUUUAUUUAUGGCACUCGUGUUAACGAGAUAGUUAAUAAUGAUGUAAUUAGAAUACUAAAUGGAGAUUUAUAAAAUGUACGCUUAGUUACUUUACCUAUUUUGUUUUUGUCUACGAAUAAGAGGUAUUUAUGUUUUGAAAUAGAGGUCAGCUUUUUUUGCUAGAUGAUUUCUGGAUUUUCAGUCGCUUUGAACAUUUAAUUAAAUUGAUCUGUGAUUGUUUACAAUAUAAUUAAGUAUUAUAAAAAUUGGUACGGUACAUAGAUAGAAAUUCUAAAUAUCGUAAAUAUUCUUACAAAAUUCGAUGAGAUUUUUAUGAUAAUUUAUUGUAUACUUAUUUAUAAAUAUUAGACGCUUUGUUACAUAGCUCUGUGAUUCCAUAACAUCCGUAAACAAUAGUACCAUAGUAGAUGCUAUAGAAAUAAAAUUUGUAUAGAUAGGUAUAACAUUCCAAGCAUUUUUCAAAUAUUUCAUACUUAUGCAUAUAAGAUAAUUUUAUCGUUCUGAUAGCAUACUGUUUUGAAUUCUUCUUCUAAGAUAUGUGAUUAUGAUCCUUGUUUGUAUUAACAGUAUUUUAUGGGUUCUAUCAUGGUAUUGAUUAAUUUAGGUAUAUAUAAGCUGUUCUAAAAUUAUCUGCCACGACAUUAAUGGAAGGUAGUGAUGUGUUUGAAAUAUUACAAUAGGUACUUAGUAAAUAUAAAUGAUUGAUUAUGUGUAUUUUUUUUGAGUGUGAGUUUGUUAUGUAAGAGCUCUCUUUUACUCUCUCUGUCGCAUCGUGAGUAUUUGUGACCCAUUCUAUGCAGAGUAGAGUCAAUGUUUAUUUAACUUCUUUAUGUUGUCAAAUUAAAUUAACUAAUUUGGGGUAUGAUUUUUUUUUACUAUUGUUUAUUUAUUAUUUUCAAACAGAACACUACCAUUAAAGCAGUGGCAGACUUACGUACUUUUAGAACACCUUAUAUCUAUAAUUAGUUUUGGAAAAAUUACAUGGGCGUAAUUUUUUUAACUUCGUAGACUUUUUUUAGCCCCGUUUGCAUCAAUAAUACAAUAUUUGUUUUACUUAAUCGGUGACCCUGGUUUCCUGCACCGUGGUUUUGUGCUCUUUGUAUUUCUUUUGUAUCAUUGUUUAUGCUAUUUUGAAUUAGAAAUGAUAUAAAAUAGGACGAUGACAUAGAUAGGACAUGUAAACAAAAUACACAUGUUGCUGUUGCGGGGAUGGACUGAUGGUAGAGCGCAUGCAUUAAGGCAGCUACUUGAAAUCACAACGUAAUUUAAUAAUCACAGACAUAUAGGUCACCAAUGACGGGUUAAAAAUAGCAUAUAUGGGAGGCAAAAAGGUUCCAUACAAAAUGUACCUACCUCUCAAUGCAAUCCCUUUCACCGUCCCGUGUUACAAGUACAAGUACAUAGGUACCGUUUUGGAAAUUCUAAAAUAAAAUAAACACGCGUUUGGUUUUCCAUGGGACCAAAGGGUUCAUUGAUAGGGGUCAAAUUGCUUAGGGUAUGGCGAGGGGGAACAUUGAUUCUGCAAUCAUUGCGAUACUUUGAAGAGGAUCUAUAAUACAUGAUGGGAUUUUCGCAAAGGGAAUUGUGAUAUAGAAAUAAAGCCUGCAAAACAUUAGGAGCUAUCUUUAUUAUGGUUGUACGUAGACAGAUAGUUAUUGUAAUUUAUUUUGAUUGGAUUAUAAAUUAUAAUAGGUAAGUAGGUAUUAUAUAUAAGAUGUGUAUAGGCUUAACCCACCUUUUAAAUUAUAGUAGACGUAUUUGAUGAGAAUAUUUAUUAUAGGUAUACCUUAAUACAUGCCUACAAAUUGCUUGUAAAGUCUUUAAGUUGUUUACAAGUAUAAUACAAAUAAUUUAUAGGCAUGUAGGUGUAGGUUUAAUACGAAUCUACCUAUCUUUAUGUACAUUUAUAAAAUUGUAUUAAUAUAAGCUAUACUUUUAAAAUCAAUAGUGUUCAUUAUUCCAUAAGGUAAACUAAUAAAUAGGUUCAUCUAAGUUUUGGCUGUAAAUAUUCCAUGAGCAUUGGUAGUGUACAGUGUACAGAAAAGCCUGGGGCAGUGCUUUCGACCUUACGGUUUAAUUUGGCUCCGAUCGACUGUGUAUGCAGACCAUACUAGCCGGGUCAUUGCACAUAACCUCAAACGGUAUGAAUUUUUAUUAACACAAUGUGCAAAGAAAUCUUUUUUAUGAUUAAGUGUGAUCAAAAAUUUGUGUUCAAUCAGAAAUUGUGUGCCGUAUGCUUAUUGAGUUUGAGGAAUGGGUGAAAUAUUUAGUUAGUUGAUAAGUAUGUAUUAUAUUUGAUAUUUGAUAGAGGACGAUAAAGGUACGCGUCCACAGGCCCGCAUUGUACGCAUCGCCUGCGGCCUGUGGACGCUUACCAUAAGAGCCUGUAGCCAAAUACCACUUUAGCGCUUGUCUACAGAGAGAGUAGAAGAGUCAACGUAUUAGGAUGACACUGACAUGUGUAAAAAAUUACGUCAAUCCCAUACAAUUUAGUUUUCUCCUCAACAAGUAGACAUGCGCUAAAAGGCAUUAGGUUAGGUACAGGCUAAGGAUAGUAAAAGUAGUACAAGAUAGUGACAAAAAUUUUACAAGGGAUCAAUUUAGUUUUAUUCUAAAGAAUUCUAAGACGAUUUAGCAAACUCGAGCAGACUUUGAAUUUUCUUAGAUAGUGAAAAGUCCAGCUUUACCUACCUACAUAUUUAUGUAAAUUCACGACCAUUUUCAGCAAAUUAAAUAGUAGAACAACACUUGAAUGCAGUAGUAAAUCAAUUCAUAUCAAUUACAAUAGCGUACCAAGUACAUAAAUUAACAUUGUUUGCUAUGUUUGUAGGUAAAUUAAUAAUGAAUCGUUCAUAGUUGCGAGAGUCCAUUAUGCAAAAUUUUGACACGUGAUAAUUUCUCACCCGAUAUUGUAAAACAGGCCACUUUCAGUGGUUUAAUUGUGCUAUAAAAUUAUGCUAAAAUAUGUGUCGUGUUUCGAGAAAAUGUACAUGAUAAAAUAAAUUAUUAAUAAUAUUA